CCAAAUUUAGUCAGCAGUAUUUUAUAUCCCAACGCUCCUCCCCCCUCCUCCUCAAAACCCUAGUUCGCCGAAAUUCUCUGCCGCUCUGCGCGAUAUCUUCUAGAGUUCGAAGAAACAAUGAGUCGUUCAAGUAGAACCCUCUACGUUGGCAAUCUUCCAGGUGAUGUUCGUGAGCGGGAAGUUGAAGAUCUGUUUUACAAGUAUGGUCCAAUUGCGCACAUUGAUUUGAAAAUCCCGCCAAGACCUCCUGGUUAUGCGUUUGUUGAGUUUGAAGAGUCUCGCGAUGCUGAGGAUGCUAUUCGUGGUCGCGAUGGCUAUGAGUUUGAUGGGUACCGUCUACGGGUGGAGCUUGCACAUGGUGGGCGUGGUCACUCUUCAUCAACAGAUCGUUACAGCAGCCAUAGCAGUGGUAGGGGUCGUCGUGGUGGUGUGUCCAGGCGCUCUGAAUAUCGUGUGUUGGUGACUGGAUUGCCCUCUUCUGCUUCAUGGCAAGACCUUAAGGAUCACAUGCGUCGAGCAGGAGAUGUUUGUUUCUCCCAAGUUUUCCGUGAGGGAAGUGGCACAACAGGAAUUGUGGAUUAUACAAACUAUGAUGACAUGAAGUAUGCUAUUCGAAAACUAGAUGACUCAGAGUUUCGCAAUGCUUUUUCUCGAGGAAUAGUACGGGUGAAAGAAUAUGAUUCUAGCCGGUCCAGGAGUCAUAGUCGCAGUCUGAGUUAUAGUCGGAGCAGAAGCAGAAGCAAAAGCAAAAGCAAAUCUCCGAAAGCCAAAUCUUCUCGUCGCUCAAGAUCUCAUUCAAGGUCCAUCUCAUCUCGUUCUCGCUCUGGUUCAAAACCUCGCUCUCUGUCAAGAUAUGGAUAUAUGCGGCGAUCUGGGGUUGCAUACUAUUAGGAUCUUGAUGGGAUAUGGUUCAAAUGCCUAGGACUCUUUUGGUUGUUGAGGUAUGAUGCUUUCUAGAUGGCAGCUUUGGAAUCCUUCGUGGUGUCUAUGUUCUAAUAAGCAUCGCAAAUGUCCAUGGGUGCUAGAUUGGGGACAAAGAAGAUCAUGGAUUGUGAUGGGAAAGCUGGAUUGUGAACUAAGUGCUAUUUGAAUUUGGGAAGCACCAUUUGCGGUAGAACAAUUUAACUAUGUCAUUGCUUUCCCUACACUGCCGAUCUAAUAAAGCAUGCUUUUCUGAAUUUCUGUUCUGUGAUGUAUUAAAUAGUAUUCUGUUUGUUUCAGUUAAGGUAGGUUAAGAUUUAGGUCAUUCAUUAAAGGGAGAAUUUAAUGGGCCUCACAGUUUUCUCUUUGGGUUGCUAAAUUAUUGUGGGUUUUCCUUUUGUGCAUUUUGAUUGUGGUAACUCUGACGUGGAGAGGCAUCAAGGCUCUUGGAUCAAAGUUGUUAAGAGGAACGUGUGGAUUUUAAAUUUGGUUAUUUCUGGAACUUUUGCAGAUCUCCAUCAAGAUCCAGAUCUCCAGUACCAGCUCGUCAGAAACGCGUGAGCAAAAGCCCAAAAAGGCACAGUCCAAGUGGGAGCAAGAGCCGAAGCCCAAGCAGGAGCAGGAGCAAGAGUGUAUCUAGGUGAGAAAUGGUUGUAAUUGAUCUGUUGAUCCAGAUGCUGUGAAUGUGGGUGUGGGUUCAUCACCUGUAAGGUUUUCUGUGGGUCAGCAGAAGCCUGAUACAAUCACCCAAUCCCCUUAGAUCUAUUGAAUCUUUUCAAACCAUCUUUAAAAAUGUUUGUUGAACUUAACCUCGUGUCUGCCAAACUUAUAUCAUGUAUGACUGACUUGUGUUCUCUCUCAAAGAUUUGCAAAAAAGAUCUGUUAGUUUUUAUUUCUGAGUUGUUGGCUCGACUAUUUAUUGCAAAAAAUAUCUGAGCUCUUCUAGUCCGGGCUGUUUGGUGAUGGAUUAUUUUAUAUUUGCAAAAUU